AGAUGUCUGAUUAGCCAUUCAGAGUUGCAAGGCUUCAUUGAGAGGUGUAUGACAGCUGUGGGUACCAAGCCGCAUCAUGCUCGCAGCCUAGCCGAGGUGCUGGUGGAGGGAGACCACAGGGGUCACUACAGCCAUGGACUGAACAGGAUGGACAUGUAUGUGAAAGACAUCAAAUCAGGAAUCUGUGCCAAAGAUGGUGAGCCGGUGGUAGAGAAGGAGAGUGCAGCCACCGCGCUUGUGGAUGGGAAGAACCUCUUGGGCCCUGUGGUGGGAAACUUCUGCAUGAAACUGGCCAUAAAGAAAGCCAAAGAGGCCGGCAUUGGCUGGGUUGUGGCACAUGGCUCCAACCACUAUGGUAUUGCUGGAUACUAUGCAAUGCAAGCUCUGAAAGAAAACAUGAUUGGCAUGUCAUUUACCAACACGUCCCCACUAGUGGUCCCCACACGUGGUAAAGAGUGCACUUUGGGAACGAACCCCAUCAGUAUGGCAGCUCCUGCUAAUGGCGGAGACAGCUUUGUGCUGGAUAUGGCCACAUCAGCAGUGGCACUUGGAAAGGUGGAGCUCCAUGAGCGACGUGGAGAUAGCAUCCCCGAGGGAUGGGGUUGUGAUGCUCAGGGCAAACUCAGCACAGACCCCAAGAGAGUCCUGCAGGGAGGAGGACUGGUGCCAAUUGGCGGCAGUGAAGCUACAGGAGGGUACAAAGGCUAUGGUCUGGGAAUGAUGGUAGAAGUGUUCUGUGGCAUCCUGGCUGGUGCUCAGUAUAGCAAACAUGUCCGCACGUGGAAAGUAACUGAUCGUGUUGCCAACCUGGGUCAGUGUUUUGUAGCGAUCAACCCAGAGAACUUUGCUCCUGGGUUCAGCGACAGGAUGUCAGACCUGCUCUCCAUCCAAAGAGGAUUGGACCCUGCUGACCCUGGCUGUCCUGUUUUGGCUGCUGGAGAUCCAGAAAGGAUCCACAUGGAUGAAUGUAAGAAGAUAGGUGGGAUCUCCUACCACCUCAAAGUCGUCAAUUACAUGAACGAAUGUGCUAAGAGCAUUGGGGUCAGCAGUCUUCUGCCAUGUGACAAGCUCAUCCCCAAUUAG